AUGUCCGGCAAAAGAUCAAGUGGUAAAAGCAAUGACAAUGAAGAUCUCAGCCUCAAACUUAGAGACCUUCUCCCAACUAACAAGAAGAAGAAAAGAAAUGCACCAAAGCUUCUGGAUGAGACAUGCAAUCACAUUAAGAAGCUUAACGGAGAGGUGGAUGAUCUGAGCAAUCGGAUAUCGGAUUUACUGAUUUCUUCGGAGGCCGAAAGCAGCAUUAAUGCAAACAUACAUGGACAACAAUAAUCGCU